AUGGAGACGUUCGUGCUAUUUUGCACAGAGCGCCACAUUUGGAAUGAUAUACUCACAACUGCUUUAAUCACCUGCAUGGCUCAUGUGCAUGCUGCAAAGCUGCUGGACCUUUUGGUUUGUCAGCAACAAGGCGCAUGGCCGUGGUCAGGGGCUACGUUUGAUUACCCUUGCGACGGCACAGUGCUGUCCAAGGCGGUUUCGGUGAUUCGAAACGCUCAUAAUACCUGGCAAGGCAUAUGGCGGCUGCAAGGUCCUGAAAUGUAUCUGCUAUUCUGCGUGUGCGCGAACCUGUCAUGGUUUGCUAUCGCUGUAGCAAGCAUUCGCAGCGCCCUAGUCAGGCGUUUCUACGCUUCCGGGGCUCGUGUCGUCCUACUUGUGAGCACCAAGUAUCUGCCCCUGGACGGUGCAGUCCUGCUGUGGCAGGCGCAUGUGGCACCGGUAGGCGCGGUUGCGCAGGCAGCAAUCGCAGCGGCCGAUACAGCCUGCACGUUUUGCUGCUGUUGGCUGCUUUCGGACCGCUGGCCAUACAGCUUCAGCACGGGCACGGUGUUGGCUGUCAACCUGAUGCUGGCGGUUGCGUCUCUGUGGCUGGCGGAGCGGAUGGAGCAGUCAGACCGGCGCGCAUUCGAAAUUGCAGCAUCCAAGGGCGUGGGAUCUGGCACUGCGGAGCUGGGGGUAGCGCAGAAAGGGUGCAAAGCGUGCCUGAGUGGCAUUGCAGCAGUAGGCGAAUCUUCAGGCAUGGCCUUUGGAGCAACCUGCUGCGACCGAGUCGCCAUGGGCAUGUGCGAUUGUGGAUGCAUGGCUAAAGGCGCGGCGGUCAUGAACGCGGGUGCAACCGCUGGCAUUGGCGAUGGUUGCAGCAAUAACAGCGGCGUGACAUUGGACGGCGCCUGCGGAAGGCCAAUGCCGCAAGCACCGCAGCAGCAGCAAGAACAGCAGCACCGGCAGCAGCAGCCCUGGUGUGGCUUGGAUGUGUGGAGCUGCUUGCCCCGGAGGCCACUGACGUAUCCAGGUAACACCGUCGCCAGCGGCAACGGUAGCGGCGGAAAUGCCGCCGGACCUGCCGAUGGCCCUGCCGGCGCGGGCUCUUGCAGCGCCGGCUGCGGAACAGUUUGCAGUGAGGUGUCUUCCCCAGGGACCCUCUCCUCCACGCGUUCGCUGAGUCGCGCGCUGCCAUCCUUCAGCACGCUAAGCAAUAACAGCGCUUAUGGCAGCGGCGCCGGUGGCAGCGGCAUUUCUGCAAUCGUGCUAUCGGAGACUGGAGGCCCUUCUCGGAGCGCCAGUCGACCGUCCAGCUGCGUCGGCACGCCCCUGGUAGCGCGCCCAACCGUCCAGCAGCAGCAGCUGCAGCACCAGCCGUCCCAGCGGGCUGCUCCUGGCCGUGUGGCCCUCGCGCUGGCGGUAGCGCCAGGGCAGGGGCCUGGCCCGGGCAACGCCACCGGAGACAGAAGUACCGCCGCUUCAGGGGGCUUGGCAGCCGGUGCAUGCCCAGCAAUGCAGUUGUCGACGUGCACUUGCGCUUCCGCGCAGGGCCCUGCCGCGGCCAGUCACAGUGCCGUUAAGGAUAUCUGUGGGGUGUGCGCUACAGAUAGCAUUGGAACCGCAAUGGCGUCGGUGCCUGCGUCGGAUAGUGCGGGGCUGGCGCCAAGGCAGCUUGUUUUGUCCGGCGCUGUCAACGGAGGGUGCUCGCUCGUUGGGAGCGCGAUAGGUGGGCACCUGGCUUCCACGCCGCCUGGGAGGCCAGAGCUAGAUCGUGCCUCGUCCGUACGGGGAGUUUCGGGGCGAGAUGUGAAGAGGGGGCCACUGGCGGGUUUGCUGCCCACGCCACACGGCCUGGGGACAUGCAGCGGGACGCAGCACGAGGGCGACGCCGACGCAGCCCGUGUCGGCCUGCCGCCAUCGCCGGCGGCCGCCGCCGCCGCCGAGUCAGGGGUGGUGUCGGUGUGCGCCACGUCGUUGCUGUCGGCAGGCCCCGGCCCAUUGCGGCAGUUACGCCGACUAGUGCAGAACCUGGCGAUGAGAGGCGCCCCAGCUGCAGCUGCGGCGGUCGUGUCGCCGUCUCCAGAAAGCCAAACUGCUGUCAUGAGGGCCUGUAGCAGACACACAAGCACCAGCGGUAUCGAUGCACCGUCCGUCGCGAAGGGCAACUGUCCGUCCGCUAGUGAACGGCCUUCGGAGCCGCGUUUGUGCUCGUACCAGCGGGAGGGCGCUAUGGUAGCGGCGACCAAGGCAAGGCCGGACGGUGCAAUCAGUGCCCAGCAGUGCGGCUCGGGCUGUCCAGUCGUGGGCGAAGCGAAAGCGCGGCCUUGCAGCUGCUGCGAUUCUUCUGCCAUUGCGCCAGACGGCCACGCGGCUGCUAAUGGCGCCGUUGCGCGGCGCUUGCGCCCGCCACCGGCGGCGGCAGCACCAGUGUGCGAGGCCAUUGUUACAGAGGCGACACAUUGUGCCCUUGGAGCUGUAUCACCCAGCCACAUGCUGGUGUCGGCGGAUGGUGUUCUGACGCACACACAACAGCCGGUCGACUUGGCGGCCGCCCAGCCGCACGUGCGUCGGCCUGGCGGCUUGGCCGUCUGGGCGCUGUCGGCCGACACCGUCGCGCCAAUACAGCAGCGGCAAGCAGUGCAGCUGCAAACGCCUUUUGAGUUCGCUACCAUCGCUGCCAUGCCAUCGGCGGGGCCCAGCCAACGCGGCGGCGCGUGUUCGGCCGUCGCCGUCGGCACUGGGCCCAUGGACAGCGCCGCUGCCGAAGCAGGGCCCGUCGUUGCCAGUGGCAGGGAGACGAUUGUCCCUUUGUCCUCCAUUGCAGCGCCGGCAAUCCGUCCUCUAGCACCGCUUGACGUGGCCACGGGUUUGGCCGGCACAUGUAGCGGCCUCGACGUUCCGGCCUUCGAUUCUCCUUGUGUUGCUCUCUGCGCCGCCGCCGCUAACUCGAGCACGCAGCGCAACUUUGCCCUCGCCAAGUCUCUUGCGUCCAGGGGCGGCAGCAACGCCAUGUACGACAUGCCAGCGCUCCAUCACAUCCGCUGCAGCAUAAAGCUGUCAGGCCUGACCCCGUCGGACCUGCCGGAAGGCUUUGUAGAACGUGUGGCUUCGCUGCUGGCGGCGGCUGGCGGCUCAGCAGUGGCGGCGGCGGCAGCGGCGGCGGCAGGGCAUUCAGCACCGGCGACGCCGGCGCUUGCGGCGGUGGGAACGUACGUGCGCGAGGGAUGUGUUGAGAUAGUGGCGGACGUCUUGGUGCCAUCCGAGGCAGCGGCGGCGGAAUCUCUUAUCGUGGCCAGUGCGGCGGGCGGAGCUGCGGAGGGCGGCAAUGGCAGCAGUCGCAUUUCUGGGGCCGUCAGCACUGGCACGCCUGGGCUGGCGCCAUUGCUGCCUAUUGGGGAGCACGUCGCUGCGGCCACGGUGGUGAUGCGACCCGCCGCGGCUGUGCCGUCAGCGCCCCGACAGCACCAACAACAGACGCCCGCAGAGUCAUCCUCUGCCACCGCAUUGCAUCCCGACCGCGCGGCCGCAGAAGCCAUGCUAGAGCUCAUGGAGCAGAGCCUGCUGCCGCAGAUCCACGGAACGCUGGGACGCCCGGGACGCGGGAUAUCGCCGAUGUCGCCGCUAACCGGCGGCGACGUGAGGAUGCAGGCCGCCGUAGGGUCAGCACAGGUGGAGGCUUGGCGCCAACCUCUAUCGGCGAUGGCCACCGCGGCAGCGGCGACGCCACUGUCCCCUGCAGCUCCCCAGGUGCCCCCCCCAAUGACCAUUGUGUGUGUGACGCCGUGUUGUGUCACGCUCCGUCAGGCCAGCGGUGACGAUACGCGUGACCGACGGCGCCCCACGGUGACACUGACGAUUGCACUUGCUGGUGUUGACGCCAGUACGGGCGGGGCAAGGCUGCCGCGCGUAUUCGUCCGGCACAGCGGCCGCUGCCUAGCGGCAGUGGUGCGUCCCUGUGCCGUAUCCUACAUGGGCUGCCCGACAAUAACUGUGGAGCUGGCGAUGUCAGGUGUACGUCCCGGGCUGCUGUUCUUGGAGGUGGCGGCGGCGGCAGCCGGCGGCACGGACGGUGGCGGUGGCGGCCACGGUGCGCUAUCGCUGCCGUGGCCGGUGCUCGUGGUCGGCGAUGGACGCGUGGCGGCGGAGGUAAUGCGGGUACAGCACCAGCUGGACGCAACGCCUCUCCGCGGGGCCGGCAUGGCGGAUGUCACUGCGGCCCCUCAUCACGCGCCGUCGGAGGCCCCAACGGCGCCAGCGGCACUGCUGCCUCUGGCGCUCACGCCACCGGUUACAGGAACGACAGCUCCGGAUGACGAGGAGGAGGGAGAGAGGGGAGAUGGAAGGGAGGAAGAGGAAGAAGACAGCAGUGACAAUGACAGCAGCUGGGCAUCAUCGGAGGAGCUCUCCUUGUAUUCCUCGGCGUGCAAUAACGGUGCGGUCGUGCGGGCGCAGGUGGACCUGCCUGUCGGCGGGCCUGUUCAGCACCUCACGCCCGCACUCCAUAGCCCUGAAAUGUGCGUCGGAAGCAGCAGCAGCAGCGUUGGCGACGUCAGCGCCGGCGCCAGUGACCGCUAUGACGGACUUGGCACCGGCUGCGCGGAGGCGCUCGAUGGUGAAGUCCAGAUGCUGCUGCUGCGAGGUCUGCAGCCCGAGCAGGAAUUGCUGGAGGGUAGUUUGGACUUGGCGGCGGAGUACGAGCUGACGUGCCGUGGAGGGCCUGCGCUGCAGUCUGCUGCCGUGGGGCUAGGUAUGCGGCUCUUGCGCUUCACAGUGCUCCGCGGCUGGCCUGCGGCUGCGACGCUGCUGCUCAAAGGUCUCAUGGUGCACUGCCGCCUGUUUUUUGAGGAGGUGCGCCAGCUUUUCCCAUCGCCAGUCGCCAUCGGCGAGGGUGCCGCUGCUGCCGGCAGCGGCGGCGGCAUGCCGCUGUUGCACACAGCCGUCAUGUCCGGCAACAUGUCCAUGGUGCGUGCCGUCAAGGCCUGGGCGCAACGCUACCGCUGCAACUUGCCGUGGGACGAGCCCGCAUCCGCUGUGGGUGGCCUGACGCCGCUGCACCUGGCGGCAGUGCAGGAGAAUGGCCGGUUUGCAGGAGCCAUCCUGGGGCUGUGGCCCGACGCCGAGGCGCUCUGGGCUGUGGCGCGGGACAGUGACGGCCGCACACCGCUAGAGUAUGCCCACAUGCGGGCGCUUAGCGGGCCCGCCGCCGCUCCGACAGGGUCGACGUGGCAGCUCACUGGACAGCCAGCAGCCUCGCCGCCGGCGCCAGUCGUUGCUGAGCAGGCUAUAACCGCCGCAGCAAUACAGCCUGCUACAAUGGCUACAUCGUCGUCGGCGCCACCAUCGCUGCCACCAUCGCAGCCGCAGCAGCAACGUGAAGCGGCCGCAGGGAGCACGGAAACCACGGUCGCCAUGCCACCCCAUACGCAGCCACCUCCACCGCCGGUGCUGCAGGGAGACGCAGGCGGUUGUAGAGCUGUAGACAGAAUUGUUGUUGGGGACGGCAGCACCGCCUCCGCUACAGCCGCCACGAGCGAGGGUUUUUCAAGCUCCUGCCCGAGCAGCAUCUUGAUGACCAACGCAACAACAACCCAAGGCCUCCAUGGCCAGGGCAACACAUUUGGCCGCUCCUACCGGCCCUCGGACUGUGGCAGCGUAGCCACCGGUCCUGAUUCUCAAUGGUCGUACAGCACCAGUACCACGGCGCAGACGCAGCCGAACAACCAGCCGCUGGGUACCCUGCAGGACCUCCGCAGCGACCUGUCGCCCGUACAAGCCGCUGGCGUGCACCACGCCAUCAACGCCACGCUGCUGUCGCUGGCCAACCUGCCGGACAUGAGCAGUAGCGGCAGCGGCGCCGACGGCGCCUCCGCCGCUGGCGGCGGCCCCACAACCGCCACAGCUACGGAGGAAGCUCCUGCGUCAGGGACUGCAGCAUUCCUUAUGGGUGGCAACGCUUUGCAAGGACAGCUCCUGGCGUUAGCGGUGGCAGCACAGGAACAGCAGCAGCAGCAGCAGCAACAACAACAACACAACCUACAGCCGCAGACGGCACCAAGCGGUUCCGUCCGUGCGGCCUUCCAGUUAGAUAUGGCAGGCCAUAAGUCGCACGUGGCAUCGCCGCUUUCGCCGCAGAUGCAGAACCCGAGCUCGCACUUAUCCCAGCAGUCAUCACUCCGUGCGUCGCCAUCAACGAAGAUGGGGCCAUGUUCGCAGCCAAUACGGCCGCCACCGUGGCAGCAGCAGCAACAGCAGCAGCAGCCGGGCUCGGAGGGGACGGUCCUCGAUGCCACUGCCGCCGCGGCCGCCACCAUGGAAAUGCCCCCGUCAGGUGCCACUGCCAUGUCCCCGCCGGCCCCUUCUAAUGUUAUCCUUCUAUCACAGCCGCUGACCGCGAACCCGUGGCAUUCGUCCCAGCAGCCGCAGCACAAGCUGGCGACGCCGACGCCGACGGGACUGCCGCUGCCAUCUCCGCGCGCCCCCUCCCGCGGCCACCGCCUCCUGGCCAACACGCUCCUCAGCGACCACGCAAACUCAAACUCCGCUGCGUCGCUGCGCAUGCGCUCGCCGCCGGGCUCCAUAGGUUCUUCGCCUUCGCCCACAAUUGCUGCCAUCACCGGAGCAAGCAGCGCUGGCGGCGCGUCGUCAUCGUCGUCGUACUCGACGCACUUCACUACCACCUCGGCUGUGUCGACAUUUUCGCUGUUCAGCUCCGCUCCGCGGGGCCUCAGCUGCGGCCCUGGUGACGGCCAACCCACCACCAGCACCCGGCGAGCUGCCUUCGCAGAUGACUACGCACCCUCUUGCUUGCCCACUGCGGCUUCCAGGACGGCCGGCCUGACGAGAAUGCUGGCUUUGAUGGUCGCCGGGCGCGGAGACGGGGUUGCCGGGGAUCUUAAUGGGGCGUUGUGUAAUCGCGGCGAUGCGUUGCGACUCGCACCGCGCCAGCAGCAGUACGAGCGCCAGUACGAGGGCCAGCAGCUACGGCAGCAGGAGCAGCAGCACCAUCGCCACCAUCGUCAUCACCACCAUCACCAGGAGCAGCAGCAGGAGCAGCAGGAUCACCUGUUGAAAGCCUCGGGAGCUGCUCACCCCGAGGCAGCGUCUGGUGGUGUUAAAGCUAGCGCUUGUAUGGUCGACGAUGCUGGCAGCCACGGUCACGUUGGUCGGGGCGGGCCUGGCAGCAGCGACAGUGUACGCUGCAGUGGCUCUGUAUCUGGUUACGGAAGCUCGCAGUCACAUGAACCAACUCCGGUGGCACAGUGUGCGUUGGCGGGAACCGCCGAAGGGGAUGGAGAUAUGCGAUUCGCCGGCAGCGAUGUCGCCGCAUCGCCGGCACAGCCUUUGCAGCGCUCCCCGGCGGUGAAGUUGGCGGCCAAGGCAGGAGCAUCCACGCGGCUUUUAGGCCUCAGGUUGCUGCUCUUGGGGAUGCUGGUGCUGGUGGUGGCGGUCAUGCUGCCAGCGGUGCUCAAGCUGGGUAAUAAUCUAACGGACCGGUAG